AUGCCGACGGCUGGUGAAGCGAGACUGAAAUCGCAAUCAUCAAAAAAGACAGCGAAAGAUGCGUAAGUACAGUGCGAAAGUAAAUUAAACGUUGGCAGGUUUUGAUCUCAGGAAAUAUUAUGUGCUGGUCGUUGUUCUCAGAGCCCAAUGAAACUACUUUUAUGGGAACCACUCUUAGCCUGGCUCUAUUCAUGAAUGGUAAAGGCAAUUUUUUGGGAGAAACAAGUCAAAGGUUGCCGACGAUCGACAUCUUUCACGCUCACUUGUUUCAUGUUUUGUUUAUUUAUUGAGCGAGGAUAAUUUCAAAUGUCUGUGAAAUCCAAUAUAUGAAAAUCAUAUAUGAACAGCGGUUAAAGACGUGAAUAUGAAAGCGAUCUUCGCAGUAAUGAACACUUCUAAGUACAGGCUUGAAUUUUUUUUCAGGCCUUAUUAUCACUACUGCUCAAGUAAUGUUCAUUACUGCGACGAUCGCUUUCAUUUACAGGAUAAUUUCAGUUGAACAGAUUUCGAUUAACAUAAAGGCCUAGACUAGAUUACAUGUGUCUCAUCAGUCUAAUCAGUUUGUUAAAUGCAACACUUCGAUGUCGAAAACACGAAACAAACAGCUGUUUAACAACAUGCGUUGUGAAAUCACCGACUGAAAACAUCUGAUAAAAUAUGAGGUCAUAUGCUUUGAUUGUACAGCCAUGUAAAUUAUCGUAUUUAAUGUUACCAUGUUUUCAUCUAUCAGAGCUUCCCAUAAAGGAAAUACCAAGGCAGUCAAGCCCAGAUCUACUAAUACUGGGGAAGGUUUGUGUUUUCAAAAUUUUUCGUGAUCGUACAUUACUUCUAAAAAAAAAAAACAAACAACAACAACUGUCGCAGCAACAUUCACAACGAAAGUUUUUAGGGGGGUAAACAUUAUGGUAAUCAGUUGCUAAAAUUGGAUUACAAACAAUUUUCUCUUAGCAUUAAAGAGCAAGAAGACCACAUCAAAACCAACUUCAGGGAAAAGGUAAAUAACAUUUACAUCAUAUCUCAAGUGAAAGAUUAUUUGGGAUUGUCCAGUCAUUUACUGUAUGGAAAGUCAGACUGAAUAAAAGGGGGAUAGUAAAAAUAUGUUUAAAGCUUUAUUAUGUACAAAUGAAAGUCAUCAUAGUGGAAACGUUUCAUGUGUAGUAUUGCUUUUUUAGUUCAAUUCCAGUCCCUGUGAAGAGAGGAGUGAAAGGAAAAGAAAAUGCAGAUCCAGUAAGAUAAUCAUGUACCAUUUAACAAUUAUAUAAUAAGCUCAGUUAUGCAAGCAUUCUGAUUGGUUCUUACUUAUGAUCUAUUGGAGGACAGACGUAUAGAUGAUGUCAUCAUUAAAACUUUUUUUAAUUCUUUAUUAUAUAAAACAAAUAGAUUCCAAGUUGCUGUGUGUCUGUUCAGUAAUAGAUCACAGAGGACGUCAAAAUGUGGUAAGAACAUCAGUGACACACUUGGCUGCACCUUGUGUGCCACUUUUUUGUUCUUACCACAUUUUGACGUCAUCUGUUAUCUAUUACUGAACAGACACACAGCAACUUGGAAUCUAUUUGUUAAAUAGAUUCCACAUAACCAUGUGACUGCUCAGUAAUCAAUCACAGAUGAUGUCAGAAUUGUGGUGAGAAUGGAAAAAAGCACACAAGAUGCAGCCAAGUGUGACACUGAUUUUCAUACAGCAUUUUGACAUCAUCUGUGAUAUGAUCUUGUACAGACCCACGGCAACAUGUAAUCUAUUUGUUUUAUAUGAUUAAUUAAAAAACAAACCGUUGUCAAUGAUGGUGUUAUCUAUGCAUCUGUCCUCCAAUAGAUCAUAAGUAAGAACCAGAACCUUUAUCAAGGUUUGUGCAAAUCAUGGAGAACAUGGAAAUUUUCUUGGAAGGAAAUUUGUUGUUGAUUAUGAAAUUUUAAAGUCACUGUGUUUUUAUUGUUAUUAUUAUCAUAUUAUUAUUAUAAUUAUUUUCAUUAUUAUCAUUAAUAGUAGUAACACAGUGAGUAAAAAAUCACAAUUAAGCUCAAAACUUGAUUCUGAUUGAUUGAUUGAUUGAUUCUGUAAAGGCCAUCAAGAAAUCCACAAAAGUUAAAAAAGCUCCAGACUUCAGUAAACUUCAUCAAAAAUGGGAAAACCAGUUUUCCAAGGUAAGCUGUGAUAUUUAAUUUUGCAAUACUAAUUUUUUGCAAUACUGCUACAUAAACAUGUUCAAACACAGGAGCCAAGACCUAUUGUGCAUCAGAUAUAUUGUUUGUUUGGUUGACUUUGUAAGUUGGUCAAGACACACAUCAGUGCUAAAUCAAUUUUAUUGGUUAGCAAGCACUAAACUCUUGAGAGUGUUAUUUCUCAAGGGAAGAAGAGAGAGGAUGCUGAGAACAAGGUUGUCUGAAUUUUCAAAGUGCUUGAUCUGUUUUGGUGUUGUCCAUAAUUUUGAGUUUUCCUCUCUUGGAGUACAGAUGAUUAAACAUCUCUGGCCAUCAGUUAUUUUAGUAACAUGUACACAUACAUUCCUUCAAUAUUUUUUCUUUCUAUUUCAUUUUUCAGGGCAAGGCUGUUACAAAGAGGAAAAACACAAGGGUUAGUAUACUGAUUGACUAGUUGUAUAUUGCAUAGUGUUUAGACUGAAGUAAGAUUGAUCCUGCAAGCUGUAUCCUUUUACAUAUCACACUGUUCAUGCACCAAAAGAAUUUGCCAGCCAAGACAAUCUUGUAAUCUAUUGAUUUGAGCAGGAGUAAGAAACUGGAAAUGAUUUUUAUUUUACAUGUAUUCUUUUUGAAAUUGUGUACCUUUGUGCUUACUUGGUGUAUAUUUUAUUACCCAGUAUUAAUACCAAAUUACCAUAGGAAUAAGAUAGGUACACAUACAAUAUUUCCUUGAAUAAGUGCCCACACUCUGGUAAGUGUCCUCCCCUGAACAAGCACUUACCCCCUCCCCCCCUUAGGACAUAAUGUCAGAAAGGCAAUCCCCUCCCCUUCUCCCUCACCUUUCGUGAUAGUAGGGAUACAAGGAAAACAUGUUUCUAUUGCCAAUUUAUUUGUAACUGUUUAAGCUUCAACUACGGUGGAAUCAGUACAAGAGUACUGUAAAUGCCAGUAAGUGCCUUCCACCCUCUGAAAUUGCCUGGGCACUUAUUUGAGAAAAUAUGGUACAACGUGAUAGACAUGUAAAUGUACGUACCUGGAAAGAUAAAUUCCUUUUACUGAUGAAAGCAGGAUGAUUAUUGUUGGUUGGUAAGGCUGGAUUGUGAAAAAUAUUAUUUCCACUUGCUGUCCAUAGCAACAGUGAGACCUAUUUAUUAUAGGAGAAAACUGUUUUAUUUUACCAUACCAUAAUGAUUUUAUUUUCAGUUUAAACCCUUUGACCUUGCUAUAAGUGGCCAACAAACUCAAAAGUCAAAAAAACCAUAUGCUUAUAACAGUGAAGAUGAACAGGACGCAGUUGCAGAUAGUGACAUUGAUGACUUUGAGAUUGACACCACAGCUUUGAAAGAAAUCUUAACUAAUACAGGAAUUAAGGUAAAACGGGUUCAGGAUCAUUCUAUGUAGACUUGUCAUAAUUGUUAAGCAGUAAAUUUCAGGGAAAGCUAAUGGAAUGUGGUACAAACUCUUAGGGCAAAUACUUCUGUACGAAUGUCAUCCUUUUAAUUUAGCCAAUCCAUGUGGUUUCCUUUCUGCGAAGGAAGCUAUGUGGAUUGGCCAAUUUUUCCAAGUGCAGUUUUGUGCCCUUUUGAAUGGCAUCUUUUAGCCCUUCUUUCACAGCAUAGUGCGUUGCAAGAGUAAAAAAAAAAAACAGACCCUGCAACGUCUGUAUAGAUUAGCCCAGAAUCAUAUAACCUCUUGUAUGUAGAGCGUGAGACUAGCCAAUCAGAAUUUACUUCCUAAUAAGGAGUUGUUUAUCUUCAAUGAAGUUUACUGAAUGCGUAAUAAAUAUAGAAUAUUACACGGCCGUGCGGAGAUACGAAAGACGAAAUUUCUCUUUCUUCUGCUAGCAACAUUUAUAACUCUAGAAACGCAAAGCAAAUUGUAGUUUCGCUGCUCACAUUUUUCACCUUCUCGCUGUCUUGAAAGCACAUGAAUUGAAAUGUCAAAAUAUCCUUUCGUGUUGAUGAAAACUCAGAACACUGUCGAGGGCAACGGACUAAGUAGUCAUAGAGGGACUGGUCAUAGUCUUAACUUUUCUAGUGAUUGUAGAUCAAAUUGAAAUCUGCUAAUACUGAGUGACCCCGGGUGAGGAACUCUUUUGAAACUGCAGCACAUUCUUCAUGUCAGUUAUUCAAUGGUUAUUCCAUUAGGACGAGGAUCGCCGAAUUACUGGUCGAGCGACAAUUGCAGGAAUACCCUCAAGGUGACAAACUAUUUUUAUUCAAUUACUUUUUAUACAGUACUUACAGAUUACAGUUAUAUAUUAUAAAGAUACAACUUACUAGGCUAGCAUAACUUGCAUAGACGAGGGCCAACAUUUCCGAGUACAGUUCGAGCAAGCAAGGUUUGUAAAUAGUUUAUCAGCUAUAUAGCACUCAGAUCAAAGUUGUAUAUUUUGAAUUUGCCGGCUUUCGCGGACAAAAAUACACGGCUUAUGAAUGUUCCAUGGAAAUGGUCCGUGUAACAAAAUACCUACCAAGCAAGAACCAAUCUGAACGCUCGGUUUUAUCUUAAAACUACCUUGCCAUAUUAAAAAGUGCUUACUUUUUAGUGCCGAUAUAGAUUUCGUCUGUGGGUUAAUAUUUCAAUUCACACAUUGAUUACAAUAUGGUAAAUUUUUCAUCUCUUCCUGACAGCAAAUCAGGCCUAACAACUCAUUUAGCAGAAGAGACUGCCAAGAGAACUUCGAUUUAUUAUACGGGACCGACAACCCAGCAUGCUUUGGAAGCGUCAAGUCGUGUGUUCCGUACACCACGUGCUGCACUGACCAAUGCGUCCUCCCUGAAACAGCGUCAAGUUGACAAUGCACUCGCUACGUCCCAGGCUUCCUCAUGCGUAAAGAAACAGGUAGCCUGGGCAGACGAAGGUAAAUGAUUUUAGCAGUUUACCUUUGAAGAGAAUUUGGAGCAAGGAGUACUUUGAUCAUUGUAGCGCCUUUCCUCUGGAAGCCAACGUAAAUGAUAAUUGGCCCUUUUCAGGUUCUUGUUGCCACUGUUUGGAAAAAAUUCCUCGUGGAAAUGUACGACAAUGAACUCAAGCGAAAAGAGUUUCUUCAUAUUUUGCGCAGAACAAAGUUGGCCUCGUUUUGAAAUCGAGACAAGCCUAGUGGUAUCUCGGACAACUCUGAGUCUCCCAAGAUCUGAUUGGUUUACAUUAGAAUAAAAACAUCUAGCUGAUAAUUUAAGUUCGUCUGUUCUCAGCCACUUCUAAAUAGUAAGAUCAUUUUUCUUUCAAUGUCUUUCAUUUUUCUUUACGUUCCAGAAAACGAAGAAUUCGAAUUUCAACCUGAUAGCCAGGCCCUACAAAGUAUUCUGAGCAACACAGGGAUAACUUUUAACCAAUCUAGCGCCCAGCCCACCGGCCGAGUGACCUUAGCAGGCGGGCGGGUCACUCCAAUCCGCAGAGCACGACAGUCCUUUCGGGAGGUAGGUGUACUUGUUUAGUCAAUAGAACACUCAUUUUCAACAGAGUUGUUUCUUUGGAACCUUACGAAACCACGACAUUGGCAAGAAAGUCGAUACACGUAGAGUUUACUGUAAAAAAACAUUGACAGGGAACGUGAGAAUAUGAAUUUGUUGGGUCUCCUUUGCUUUUCUUACAAAACAAAAACGUUUAACAAUUCGAGGACUUUCGAGAACGUUUUGCAGAAAACAGUUCGGAUAUCGAUACAAAACCUUUAUAGAUCUAAAUCAUGGCUGGGAUCACUAGGCCAUAAAACUUUUUACAGUUCCUCGCUAUCUUCAUCAAAAGUUGUUAUCAUAAUACUUUCGUAUUUGUUUGGCCAGAGGUGCCACAUUGUGUUAUUUUAUUUCACUGAAAUUGAACUCGACGGUUACAUUUUCAACAAAGGAAAAUUCUAUCGCCUUAACGCGCGGUGUUGUUCGACCUCAGUUGUUGAAAAUGCAUUCCCCAUCUCUUUUUGAUAAUAGCGUGUAAACUUCUAUCACCAAACAAUGCUUAGUCAACCUUCCACGGGGGUUAAAACCCGUGUCUGGUCGGUACACAAAGGGAUAGGAAUUUUUGGAAAGCUAAUGCGGCGUAAACAGUGAUCGAUAGGAUCUGCGAGAGCCCUCCAAAUCCAAACCAUUACCCACCCACACUCCCCGUCUCCACCCAUCCUCUCCCCCAUUCCUUUAUAGGGUGGCCACGCAGGCUAACAGGGUGGCUGGGGAGGGGGCAAAUGCAUAUAAGGCCAGAUGAAUAAGGUUAGCUCCAAUGCGCGAAGAUCUUAAGACGACUCACUCCAGAUUUAUCAAUACAUAAGUUGACCACAAGUUAUAAGGGAGUCCCACGAGAGAAGCCUCCUGCUCUCUGGACUGGUGUUCGUCUGAGACUAUGUAGAACAAAAUUUGGACUGAUUAAUCUGCAAUCCGAUGUUUUUCCAUUUUUUUUUUUUUUGAUCCUUCGUCAGCCGGAACCUAAAAGGACGUCCAUAUAUUAUACGGGCCCCAGACUUACGCGGCCAAGCCCAAAAGCGCGGGGAAUGGGACGAACUUCUGUAUUUGGCGCAAGAACUGGCUCAAGACACGUGACUACUGGCUCAGCUGUAAGUUCACAGAAACUUACCAUUUACGAUCCAUUGGCGACAAUGGUUGGCAGGCAAGGACACCCAGAACUUGGUAAGUUUUAAAUUGUACGAAUUCCAUAAGAAUUGGCUAAUUGACGCUCUUUUGUCCAACAAGCAGUUAAUUGGCAGUCAAUUUUCGAUAGUUCUUCUUCAUACUCUGUUGGUGACGGCUGAUCUACCGUCCACUUCCCGUGAAAUCCAUGUGAUCCUUACCCUCCCCCACGUCAAAUAGUGACUGGUUCCUGAUAAAAAAAAAUAUCCUAUAUCGUCUCUUUCAUUUACACGCGAACACGUGCUACUAAAAGAUUUCAAGCUCCAUUUUUUUUGUUCUCGCCCACUAUCGCAUAAUUCGCCACAAGGGGAAAGUUAGAUAAGUGUUAGUGUUCUAUCCCAUCAGAAUUGAUGAAAAUCUUUUGAAUUUGACUUUGUUAAGGUUGUUAUGUCUUUUAAAAUCGUAUUUGUACCUGAAGGCUUUUGGGGAUUUCAUUAAAUGUUCUUGUUGUUCAGAAUCAAUGUUACAGAUCUGGUAAUUAUUUCUGGAGAGAAUUAUUUGCAUUUUUCCCUAUCAAUGUCUGAACGUUUCUUUUAUUUUUAGUGCCAAACGCCGGCACAAUUUGUGCGCUUUUAGACAAAAGAAACAGGAAAAUUGUUUUUCCGGGUCUCGAUUUACGUUUCUCAUCUGUUUUUAAUAAAAUGUGCUUGUUUAUCCGUCUGUUUUUGACAGAAAACAAACCCAUUGCCAGUUCAGGAGCAGUGAAGGUUACUACAGCAAGCUGCGAACCAAACCUACAAACCGCAAGUGGAAAUCUUCUGUUUACACCAGGACGGGAACAAGUAUCUAAUGCUGGGUUCGUCUCUGCCAGAAACCAACCAAGUUGGGCAGAAAUUUUCACACCGCAACGAGCCACUAGUGCUCAGGAUUUCGAAGCACAGGUUGCUCGUUCGCAAGCUUUUCACGAGCCACUACGGACUCCAGUAAACCAGCCAUCUCUUCAAGGGGAUAUUUGUACACCGCAGCGAAUAACCGGUGUUCAAAACACCUCGUUAGCACAAGCACAAUCCGAGACUCUAGCGACACCAUUAAGGCACGUUGCCAUUCCUCCUGAGUCGUUUAGCUCAGAUCAUCCCCCGAAUUGGUCCGAGAUUUUUACACCGCAACGCGCUACGAGACAACCUGAAGCCAUGAUGACGAAUCUUACAAGCAAUCCUUUGUCUACCCCUGUGCAGCAAAGUUUGCCCACGAACCAGAGGUCUGGCGCCAUUAAGGACCUCGGGUCCAGGCUACGAUGCUCCAAGGUAGAAAUUACAAGUUUCAAACCCAACACAGAUACGAGCUGUUUUUCAAGGGAUGAAUUACAAGAACCCAAGCAGAUGUCUGACAUCCAAGAUGAGCCAUUGUUAACUCCUCUACAGGUUAGUGACUAUAACUUCCGCAAAACGGUUUUAAAAUUCGAGUUUUUCAAUAUUUUUGUAGAAGAACUUAAUCGUAUAAUUAAAAAAUGUGUUGCGCUGAAAAGAGACAAACGUUGUCACAUUUCCAGAGAAAGUAGCUUUUUAAGUAUAAAACGUCAUGGUUUGUUUGUUUAUUUACCUAUUUUAAACAAAGUUUCGCUGUUGCUUAAACCAAACCCAAAACUGUUCUCAUCUGGCAGGACAUUUCGGUAAUUAUUAAUUUAUUUUAUUAUUAAUAUUAUAUAAGGGGGUUGAGUCAACCCUCUUAUAUGGAAUCCUUAGACCCAGUGCUUGCGUAAAACUGCGGUUUGGGUUAGACCUCGUGUAAAUAACAGGCCCAAUGGGUUUAGAAAGUAUUCCAAGCGACAGAGAUAGAAGCAAAGUUCAAGAAAUAUUUCCUUGUGGCAACGCAAGCAAUUUUACUUUAUAAAGCGUAGCUUAACUUUGUGAUUUUAGCAGAAGCGUGAUCUUGUCGCAACCAACCAGAAACAUUCAUCAUGUUUGCUGUGUCUAGUCGAGUUAGUCUCAGACAAAAAAAAACAUCUUGUUUCGUCGAUCCAGUUACAUUAAAAGAUCAAGUUCAAGGUGACAUAUGCAAAAAUGGCGGGAAGCGAUUUGUCUCAUUCAACAGGAAGGUGCUGUUCUUUCCUGUCACAACAAGAAAAAUUACAACCGAUUUCUGAUAAGCCCUUGAUGGAUUAGAAGAAUAAUUCUUUUUUUAACUGACGUUGGACUUCCACCCUGGAAGUUAUAGCGAUUCAAAGAGAUACGUUUGCUGUCACAAAAACUUUUUUUCGUUUCUUUUAUAACUAACGCAAGAUUGCUGAUUUCUGAUGGCAGCAAAGAGCUUUGACUUUUUCAUCGAUGUAGAAACUUCAUAACGUGGGAUUGAUUUAACUUGACUUAUUUUAUUUAAUCGUGAAACAAGGAAGUAAAACGCUCGAAUUUUCAGUUUCUUAAAAGGUGCGAUACUCCCAUUCUCGUAAAUUUCCGCGUGUUUACUUCCAGUCCUUUUCAAACGCGAAGGUUAGUUAAUAACUCAUACAAAGUCGAGUUUUUGUAAGUGCUCUCGGCGUCCUCUCGAAUUUUCGUUCUAAUCAUAACCAUUACAAUUUCCUUAAAUGUGAUUGGUGCAUCAGCUGUUAUAUAUCUCACUAAUCACUCUGUACAGUUGUAAUCGGACGGUGUAAUCGGACAGUUGGCUGUAAUCGGACACCUGUAAUCGGACACUUGAAGCAGCCAAUCAUACCGAGUCCACUCAGCUAAAUCCAUUAAUCACAGAAUAGAUCACAAUAACCAUAGCAACAACCACUUACUCUGAAAAGUAAACUGGGAAACGUGUAAGCAAGAAAAAAUUCUUAGAAAGGGGAGAAACGCAACUGGAAUCACCGUCAGUAGUUUAACUCGUUUUGUUUUGCUUUUCUUUAAUUUUUGAAGUUCCUCGAAACUUCGUUAGUCACGUUAGACUGCACUUUAAAGUUAUUUGAUUUGUCGCGGUUCCAUAUUUUCGACUCAAGUUCACAAGAUAAUAUGUCCCGGCACCGUGCAUCAGACCCAGUUUCCGCGGUCAGCCAAAGCAAAUCGAACGUAAGCUAAUCUAUCUGAUGUAACAUUCGAUAACUUGGUUUUACCAACUGAGUUGACAAUGUAAUUUGGCCACCGUAAAGAGUUUUUAACACGUAUUUUAGUUAAUACCCCGUAAAAGGUCGAGUUUCUAUAAAGGCUUCCGGUGUCCUUCGGCUUUUAAUUCUUUCUAAUUUGGUGUAUCGAUGUUCAAUUUUCAUAGACCGAAUCACUUCAAACUGUUUGCGCGUUUAAUCCAAGACAAAAUUUCCUAAGUCACACAUCUUCUGUCUUUUUGAGAAUGUGAGCCAUAAUUUUCAGCCAAAAUCAUUUUAGUUCGGCGAACCUUGCUUACCAAAGACAAAAGAGAUUGAAAGUGAUAAUCAUGGCACAUCUUAGAGAUGAGUUGAAGAUGAAUGAAGCAUUUAACUUUUCCAACAGUUUCAAUUAACCUAACCUUAGACAUUAAUUUUGAAUAAGUUGACUUAUAUCUGCAAGGUAUAACUCCUCAGAAAAGUACUUACUAAGUACUUAAAAUAUAUUUUUUUCUCUUUUUUUCGAAAUUGUCUUGCAGGAAGAGGAUGACGUUACUCGGCUGGAGCGUCAAGCGCUUGAAGAUUUAGGUUUGCUUGAAAUUACAGGGGAAUCACCAGUAGACACUCAAGGCCCUCCUGGCAACCUUCAAACGAGCCCACGGUCAGUACCAAUAAGUCGGUCGGCGGAGAUUGCAAGUGACCUCUUUAGGUCGUCAUUUAACCCAACAUCUCAAACCUCAUCGAGUUCUCAGUACUCAAGGUUCUCUCCGGUUGUGAGGUUGGCCACCCCCACUCCCAUGAGGCAGUCUUCAACAAAUUACCAUGUUGCUUUGCACAACCGGUCCCAAAAAGGUACAAGAACUCCAUCUGCCAUUCAAUUUAAUUCAACGCCUCUGCAUUGUCACCGAGAUUUGCCAGCAAAUAUCGCUCCUCGCGUCGAAGCCAAUCACACAUGUGACGGUUUUCUUCGAAAUCCGGUAAAUUUACAAUAUUCUCAAGUAAAUCAAACUCAAUAUGUGAUGCCUACUCCGGUAAAAGCCUCAUAUCGUUCAGCUUCACAAAACACGCUCGGGGAAGAGACGGGUCAAGCUCAAACUGCUUCACGACAACCAUGCAGUACAGCGGCAUCACGCACGAGUCCUACCGAUAAGAGAGCAAUAACAAGGCAACAAAAUCUUUAUAAGGAACCUUGCAGUCGCCCUGUUCAAGUGGUAUCACCAACUUCGAAACCACAGGGAUUUACGCACACCCCCUCUAACAACAGGAGCCUUUCUCUUAGAUCAGCACUGGCCUUGAAUCCAAGGAAUCUAGACAGACCCACCAUCGAAGAUUCAACAGCAGUCAGUGCCGAUGCAAGUACACGAUUUCGUUGGGAACCGAGUGUUUCCGAGGUUCUUCCGACUGCCUUUCGAUCAACGAUUUCUGGUUCCCGAAGAAUACCGAAAACGUUGGCUCAAGAAGCAGUGUUAGAUAUGGAAGUUUCUGUUUACAUGACAGCCGGCAGUGGUCGCUUGGUAACAUCUUCGUGGAGGGAAAGGCCGUUGAAUCCCUUGGCCAAAGCUUUCUUGGAGGGAGAUUCAAGGGUAAGUGGCAAGUUGAUCACUUCAAGGUUUUCCCAGCUUUUAAGUUUAGGCUCCCUUAGAGCUAAUUACAAUAGUAUUACAUCAUGUUUUAACAGAGUAGGCACUGGGUAUCAAUGUCCUAAAUCUACUUGGUUCGAUUAGGUAAACCCAUCCAUGUAAAGAUUCGUCUAAAAGAAUAAGAAAGGCUAGUAUAAGGCCUUGUACACUCAUAUGAGUUGAUUUACUGCUAUAGUUUUAAUGUCUUUGUUCUUUUCUAUUUUGCAGCACUUCCUACCAAUUAACAAUCACUCGCGCUAGAAAUAGAGAGACUGCAGCGAAUUGGUGACCAAGCCUGUAGCGACUUUAACUAUGACUUGAAACAAGAAUUCCUUUUCCUUCGUGGAAAAAAUGACGGAAUUUACCUCACAGUUUGUUCAUCCUUAGCCAUCAUUGUUCCUGUUUAGUUAAUUCUUGCCUCUUUUUUAUUUUGAAGCGCUUCUCAAAUGAGUGCCGUGAAAAAAAAACCCAAAGUAAUCACAACAGCCAAUCAGACCAUUGUAUGCUACGCCGAAUGUGACAAAAUAUCAACGCAACUAAUUAAUAAAUUAAGUCACACUCUUUGCUAUGAAGUUGCUUGUAAUUAGUAUCAAUUUGUUUGUUUACUCAAUCAUUUUUUUUGCAAUUGACAUCACCUCUUGUCUCGUGCUAUUCAUGAAUUAAAUGUCCGAAUUACGUGCGCUUCGAAUGUCAAGUUCAAUUUUUUUUUGCAAUUCAAUGAAUUGUACGAGAGAAGAGUUGAUGUGCACUGCAAAACAUAUGAUUUAGUUAGCAAAAAAAUUGAUACUUAUUAUAGGUAACUUAAUUGUAAAUUGUGUGACUUGAUUUAUUUAUUAUUCACUUUGAUAUUUUGUCUCAUUCGGUGUGGCAUACCAUUGGCAACUAUCACGAGGAACUUAUAAAUACCAAAGUAAAAACGAGCCAACUGCUCAUAGCGCGGGAAAUCGCGAGUGACCAAGCCGUGAUGGGUUUUAGUUUUUAAUCUGAUUGGUUGUGCGAGUUUUCAAGACCAAUCACAGCGAAGUUAAGCAAAACCAAAGCACUCUGGAUUUCUUCUGACACUCAAUCGAAACUUGCUUUAUGUCAAAGUGACUCUCUCAGAUGCUCGAAACGUUUGAAAAUAUCCUGGCCAGGGAUCCGUUUGUCGAACGUCCCAGUAGAUACUGAUCCUCAGAAGCUUUUUCAUUGAUUUUUUUUCUAUGGAUUUAUAAAUAGUUUUGAAAUUUAAACAACAAUGAUAUAGGAAUGCUGUAUGGACAGGUGUUUAAAGCUCUGACAUACUACUAGUUCUAAGACUUUUAUUUUAAACGAUGGCUUCAGCCCCUUUUUAGUUGAUGGGACUUUCGAGAAACAACUCCACUUCUAAUUAUGCGCCGUGCUGUCAGCCUGAGUCUGCUGCCUGAGUCUGACUGGGUAUAAUUAGGCUGGUUUUUUUCCUAUUCUGUAUGUGAAAACCGACCCUUGUUCGGUCAAUUGUUAUGUCUGAGUCUGAUAUAGAGCUGAAAUGCUGCCGAAAUUGUUUUCGAUUGGUAGUGGACCAGAGAAACCAAAUUAGCAUCGAUUAUUGUAGAUAGGUUGUAUAUUUUUUAUGGUUUCCUCAGAUGAAAAGAAAAUACGUCGGUGUGGAGUUAAUUUUAUUUAUUUAACUGUGAAGCUUGUGUAGAUUUGUAAAUUGGUAGAAAUUAAAAGUUCGUUAGGUUAUUAUAGGAGCAACAGUGGUUUAAUAAAUCAUAGCUGGCAAGUGAAAGAAUAAAUGUUAGUCGGUGAACC